AUGAAGAUAAAUUUAGAUAAUAAUGAAAAAGUUGAAACCAAUUCUGGAAGUUACAGUGAGUCUGACAAUCAGCCUAAAAUUGAAGAAAACAACAGUGCGGAUUAUUCUAUUAGUCAGGGCGAAGAAAACAAUAAUUCUUCGGUAUACAGCAUUGACAAUGAUAGUUCUGCAAUCAGAGAUGUCGAUGCUAAAAGCGAAAGCCUAAAUAUGGAUGAUAAAAAUAGUUCUCGUUCAUAUGAAUUGAGCAAUGAAAAUGGAUCUGAAAAAAAUUCAAAUCCUGGUUCUAAUUCAGACAGUGAUUCAUUGCAACUUACUUCUGAUUCUGGUCCUCAUCAGCUUUCAAAAUCAUCAUCUGAUGAUGAUGAUAAUGAUGAAUUAAUUGAUUUUGGAGAUCGCGUGUCUGUAUAA